GGGUGAGCGCGUCUUCUCUGAACGUUUUGUGUGGAAGCCUUAUUCCUCCCUCAGAUUACCAAAGGCUCUGUAGGAAACAACAACGUGAUAUCUAAUCGUUAAAGUUUAUAGCAAGUGAGAUGCUGUCGUGUAGAAAUCGAACGAUGUGCGUGCUGUUCAGUUUGGUGUUGGUUGCGUCAACUGAAGCCUUUUUCCUUAAAUGGGGCUCGGAUUCUACACAACAGUCAUCCCAGAAAACUUGGGUACAACCGCUCGGACCGAACAUGACUCCAGUGCAGUACCGAUACCAGUACUCGUACCCGUAUGAAUCCCGUAAAGUGUACCAAGUACAAGGACAGCAGUACCAACAGCCUGAGAUAUCGGUACAGCAGAGCAUGGCCCCUAUACCGAUUAGCGUACCAGCCGGGGCCAGUUUGACUCCGGUAUCGCUCCAGCAUGUGCAAUUAGUACCUUGCAUGUGUCCUGUUGCCCCAGAAGAAGCGGAAAAACUCCAAGAACAAGUUGGCCCCGGACCAUAUCUAGCGCAAACUUAUCCCCAAAACUCUUAUCCGCCUCCACAACAGAUGACCUCAAGUGAGACAAAAACUACUUCAAAACAGUGAUUUAUUAUUAAUUAGGUCAACUUUUAAAAUCAUCAAUUUGAUGUUAUUAGAAUUAGUGUAUUUUGUAAUUUGU